GUGUUCUUUAUGAUAUUUUUAUAAUUUUAAUGUUAAAAGAAUAUGGAUAUUUUGUUGUUGUUUUUAACGAGAUAGUUUAUGAAUAAAUGUAGGGACAUGAUGAUUAAGAGGAGUUUCACACACUUGGCCGGAACAAUCCCAUGGAAAACUCUAACGAACUCUCCCAAAAAUGGCGCGCUUAAAACGAAACAAAGAAAGCAGAAAAGGUAAGAAAAUUCUGUUUUGAACAUUUCAAAACACACAGAAAAAGAGAGAGAGAGCAGAUCUGAAAGAAGAAUGAGCAGCGAGGAAGAGAAGACGGUGUGUGUGACAGGAGCUUCAGGUUACAUCGCUUCAUGGAUCGUCAAGCUUCUCCUUCUUCGUGGCUACACCGUUAAAGCCUCUGUUCGUGAUCCAAAUGAUCCAAGGAAAACAGAGCAUCUGCUUGCAUUAGAAGGUGCAGAGGAAAGGCUUCAAUUGUUUAAAGCAAACUUGUUAGAAGAAGGCUCUUUCGAUUCAGCCAUUGAUGGCUGCCAAGGUGUUUUCCACACCGCCUCACCAUUCUAUCACGACGUCAAAGAUCCUCAGGCUGAGUUACUAGAUCCAGCGGUGAAAGGAACAAUCAAUGUUCUAAGCACUUGCUUGAAGACUCCUUCUGUUAAGAGAGUCGUUUUAACCUCAUCUAUAGCAGCUGUUGCUUUCAAUGGCAUGCCUCGAACACCCGAUACCAUAGUUGAUGAGUCAUGGUUCGCUGAUCCUGAAUAUUGCAGAGCUGCCAAGCUAUGGUAUGUACUGUCCAAGACAUUAGCUGAAAACGCAGCGUGGAAGUUCGCGAAAGAGAACGAUAUGCAGUUGGUUUCGAUAAACGCAGCAAUGGUGAUUGGUCCUCUUUUACAGCCAACACUCAACACUAGUGCUGCUGCAGUAUUAAGCUUGAUCAAAGGAGCACAGACGUUUCCUAAUGCGACAUUUGGGUGGGUUAACGUUAAAGAUGUAGCAAACGCUCAUAUUCAAGCGUUUGAGAAUCCAGAUGCUAAUGGAAGAUACUGUUUAGUGGAGAGAGUUGCUCAUUACUCUGAAGUUGUUAACAUUUUGCAUGAUCUUUACCCUGAUUUUCAACUCCCUGAGAAGUGUGCAGAUGAAAAGAUAUUCAUUCCAACCUACAAAGUGUCUAAAGAGAAAGCAGAGUCUCUUGGGGUUGAGUUUGUGCCAUUGGAGGUUAGCAUAAAGGAGACAGUUGAGAGUUUGCAAGACAAAGGGUUUAUCAGAUUCUGAGUUUCAAGCCAGAACAAGACUUGGAUGUGUUUGUGUUUCUUUUUUUUUCUAUUUGGUGGUUGUUAUUUUUUUCCUUAAAUUUAAAUCUGAGUGCAUGUUGCAUAUUGACAUUUUGAAAGUUUGUUUUUGCACCAUUUGGGACUGAUGGAAUAAACUAUUUUGUUCUCAUUGGAAUUUGUAUUUGCAGCUAAUUGCCUAACAAGUGAUGA